UUAAGUUGAUGGUGGAAACGGAAAAGAGUGUGCGGAACAAAAUACCCUCGUACAGUACGCUCGUUGUAAAUAAAUUUAUUAGUCUAACAUAAACUUUUUGUAUAAUAAAAAUGAUUCAUAAAUUAUAAAAUUAUUUUAAUUUACGUCCAUACUGUUCGCGGUGUGUGUACGAAGUGGUUGCGUGUUUGACAGUUUAUAGAUUUGUGUUAGGUUAGAUGAGUUUUCAAGUAAUACUGCUAACGUGAUAGUGAACUACUAUGGAUUCAGGACCAGCUCAAGAAGUUACUGAGCUUCUGAAACAAUGGGAGGAGCAGCAUACGUCUCCUAAUUACGAUCCUAUACCAACUUUGACAAGAAUUGCGGAAAUAAUAGAAGCGGAGACGGAGAAUUUUAUGAAGAAAGACCCUGAUCCGUUUGAUGAGCGGCAUCCCUCGAGGACGGACCCAGAGUGCGCCCUGGGGCACGCGCUUAAAGUUAUGUUUAAAAAAGAUAAUUUUAUGACCAAGUUAGUUAAUGAUUAUGUACGUGACACAUACUACUCGAGGCAGAAUAUAACGGGUCGAGAUGUACAUAAACUGAAUGUGGCCGCUUGUAGAUUAACCCUGGAUCUGAUGCCCGGGCUUGAAAUGAGCGUCGUCUUUCAGGAUAAUGAGGCUCUGAUACAUCGGUUAGUUAACUGGGCGACGAAUUCACCAGAACCGCUCCAGUGCUACGCUACAGGUCUUCUCGCAGCCGCGAUGGAGGUGCAGGAGAUCGCAACUAACUUCAGAGAUCUGAACGCCAUGUUGAUACCGCUGAUGCUGAAGAGGCUACACGAGUUGAGGAACAAGCAUGAAGAUAAACCAAAUCAGAAUUUAGUGACUCCACCGAAUCAGACGAGACACUUCGCGCGUUUCGACAAGAGAAGAAAUAAUGAUAUCAAAUGUAACGGGCCGACACCGGACAAAAAAGAUCGCGACAAAGACGAAGGCGGAGGGGGGGACAUGUUGGUCGAUGAAACACCACCCGUCAUGAGAGACCCUGAAACUCCCGUCAAGAAUUACAGCAUGUACAUCGCGUCUCCGGAACGUGGGCUAAUGUCUCCGCCGGCGCGUCCGCACCCGCACACGCACGAGACGUCCUCCAACUCCAGCUGGGCGGAGAUGGAGACAUAUGUUAUAGGCAAUAUACAAAUCCAUCCACCGACAGACGCGACCAAACAAAUGUUAAUAUUGAGGUACUUGACGCCGAUGGGGGAAUAUCAGGAGUUCCUGUCGCACGUUUUCGAGAAGAACGCCCUGGGCCUGAUCCUGGGCUACUUGAACGUGCGCGAGUCCCGAGACUCCAGGCUCGCCUUCGAAGCGCUCAAGUAUCUCGCAGCGUUGCUGUGCCAUAAGAAAUUCUCCAUCGACUUCAUCAACAUGGGUGGGCUUCAGAAAUUCCUCGAAGUGCCUCGUCCGUCCGUGGCCGCGACCGGCGUGUCCAUCUGUCUGUACUACCUCGCGUACUGCGAGGACGCCAUGGAGAGAGUGUGCCUCAUGCCGCGACACACUCUCGCGGACCUCGUCAAGUACGCGUUAUGGCUUCUAGAAUGUUCUCACGACUCUGGCCGCUGUCACGCGACGAUGUUCUUCGGUCUCUCCUUCCAAUUCCGAGUUAUACUCGAGGAGUUUGAUAACCAGGACGGUCUCCGCAAGCUGUACAACGUGAUCUCGACGCUGCCGAUCCUCGGCUCGGAGGAGGAGGAGUCGCGCGUGUCGGACGACGAGACGUGCGCGGCGCGGCAGAUCGUGCGCCACGUGUGCGUCGCGCUGCGCAGAUACUUCGAGGCUCAUUUGAGGAUACGAGCCGCUCAAGUUGCGAGACAACAAGGCGAUAACGUUCCCGAGCCACCUCCCUACAAAGCUUCGAAGUCGACCCCGGAGGAGAUCCAGGAACAAAUCGAGAUGGUGCAGGGCGCUGCCUGGGCGCGCUGGCCGCCCGUCGACGAGCUGCUGGAGCUCGGGGGGGUGUCGCUGUUGCUGCAGGUCGUCGGGUACGCCUACGACUGGAACUUCAAUGGCAGGGCGGAAACGGUUCGCUCAGCGCUGGACGUGGUGUCGGUGUGCUGCGUGGCUCCGCGGGUGCAGCUGCUGCUCACCGAGAAGAUCGACAUGCGGGACGCGGACCUCACCACCGGCGUGCACAUCGUACUUGGAGCGGCGGACGGCGACAUCGUGCCCGAGCCCGAGGUGCAGCGCGCCGCGCUCAACGUGCUCGUCAACUGCGUGUGCGCGCCCGUGCAGCGCGCGGGCGCUUCAACGACGCGCUUCUCAAUAACCGGCUCGAGUAAAAAGAAGACGACUGCUAAGUCGUACGAGGACGUCAUACAGAAGGUGUGGGAGAGUGUGCGGACGAACAACGGAAUCAUGGUACUGCUGUCGAUGAUGAUGGUGAAGUCGCCCAUCACUGAUGCGGACCGGCUCCGGGGGCUGGCGUGCCGGGCGCUAGCCGGCUUGGCUCGAUGCCCCACCGUGCGACAGAUCAUCUCCAAGUUGCCGCUCUUCACCACCUCGCAUCUGCAAGUACUGAUGCGAGACCCGAUACUCCAGGAGAAACGACAGGAGCACGUGAUGUUCCAGAAGUACGCGCUGGAGCUGCUGGAGCGAGUCUCCGGCAAGAGCAAGCACAUGGGAGCGGAGUUCGAGACCUCGCUCGCGAACAUACACAGGGCGAACGUGGUGGCGCAGACGCGCAUCAGCUACAACGAGCGGCAGCUGCUGCAGCUGGUGGCCGAGCACCUGCGCGCGCGCGGCCUGCGCGACAGCGCGGCGGCGCUGGUGCGCGAGGCGCGCCUGCCGCCGCCCGCGCCCGCCGCGCCCGCGCCGCCGCCGCCGCCGCCGCCCGUGUACACGCCCGCCGCGCCCGCGCGCCCGCGCCUCGCCGCGCGCGCGCCGCGGGACUCGCUCGACCUGCCCGCGCACGCGCACGACGACUGCCCCUCGCCGACCGUCAUCAAGCUCAGAAAAGUCCAAAACCCUGCCUUGUCUUCGCCAGUGCCAGGGACAGCCGGGACGCCCGGCUCUGAACACAAGCGUUCCCUCCAGAAGCAGCUGAGCGCGGCGGGGGGAGACCGGCCGCCGUCACCCCCGCGCAUCACGCUGCACUCCAUCAUCACCGAGUACCUCUACAACCAGCAUGCGCUCUGCAAAAACCCGGUGGUCACGUGUCCACAGUUUAAUUUGUUCGAGCCGCACAAGUGCCCGUCGCCGGCGGCGCGCGGGCUGUGGGCGGGCGGCGAGGCGGGCAGCGUGCUGGCGCGCGUGGUGCGGCGCGAGCUGGGCGCGCCGCCCGCCCGCCGCGCGCACGCGCGCCUCGCGCACUCGCACUUCGCGCACGUGCGCACGCUGCGCCUGCAGGACGACGACGCCUACUUCACGCACACCAUCUUCCACCCGACCCAACAGCAGCUGCUGACGGCGACGUCGUCCGGCGACAUCCGGAUAUUCAACUUGUUCACGGGAGUCGAAGAAAACUCAUACCAAGUCCACGAAUCUUAUAUAUAUCAUAUGCAGGCGAGCAGGGACGGGUGCCUAUUGCUAGCGUCGUCGACGACCUCGUGGAGGACGCUCUCUGCGCUUUGGAACAUGAAGGAGUUCGAGCAACUCUUCCAGCUCGACAACGAGGAGUACGUAGAGUUCUCGAAGAUGUCCGACGACCGCAUCAUCGGCACGAAAGGCGAGACAGCCAGCAUCUUCGACACCCGCACCGGACACGAGCUCAUGACCCUCACGCCGGCCAUCAGCAACCAGUACGCGAAGAAUCGCGCCACCUUCAACCCCACGGACGAGCUCGUUCUCUCAGAUGGCGUGCUGUGGGACGUGAACACGGGGAAGGAGAUACACAAGUUCGACAAAUUGAAUCAGACGCACAGCGGGGUCUUCCAUCCCAACGGGCUAGAGGUUAUAUCGAACACGGAAGUGUGGGACCUUCGGACAUUUCAUUUGCUAAGGACAGUGCCUUCGUUAGAUAAGUCUGAAGUGAUCUUCAACCCGACCUGUACGGCGCUGUACGCGGUGUGCUCGGACCAGGACUCGGAGGAGCGCAGCCAGUUCGACACCAGCUUCAAGACGCUCGACCCCUACGACUACUCCAGCAUAGCGACGAUAGACGUGAAGCGCAACAUCUACUCGCUGGGCGUCUCCCGCUUCGGGACGCAGAUCUCGCUCGUCGAGAACCUGGGGGACUUCGAGCAGGUGCAGGAGUCCUGUGUCAAACUCUACGACGUAGGGCGGAAGAGGGACCACGACGACGACGCGGAGGAGGAAGAGGAGGAGGAGUUAGCGGGAGGAUCCGACAACGACGACGGCUCGGACUCCGGCUCCGACAAUGAUGACGACUUAGCGUCGAGCCUGCUGCGCAACGCGGUGCUCGGACUGGCGGAGGGCUCCGGCUCCGGCGACUCGUCCGGCGAGCGCGACCACGACGAGCCGCGUCGGCGCCGCGUGCGCACGCGCAGGCGGGCGGCCGAGGGGCACAGCAGCGACAGCGACGGGGACAUCGACUUCGACAAUAUCAUCGAGUUCGAGAUCGACUAGCGGGCGAAUAAAUCAUUUGAACGA